UCAAAUUUUUUGCUUUCCUUUUCUGGAGUUGCACUGAAUCCCUAGAGGCUGUGACUCCAUGCCGGCCGGUGCUCAGGCGCUCAGCUCAGCUAUAAGUAUCCUGCCUUGGCUGCCACCACCCUCCAGUUCACUCACUCUCGUCGAGUAGAGAAAAGCUAAGAGCAGCAACAGCUCAAGCUCAUCAGUGCUCGAUCAUCAGUAGCCUAGCUUGUUCAGUCGUUCUUUGUGUAGAAAGAGAUCGAGAGAGGCGGAGAUCGAUGCCAGGGAAGCUGGGACAGCUUCUGACGAGGUUGCACCUGGCGAGGAGCCGGUCGCCGUCGGCGGCGGCGGCGGACGUGCCGCGGGGCCACCUGGCGGUGUACGUCGGCGAGGGGCGGAAGCGGCUGGUGGUCCCGACGGCGUGCCUGAGCCACCCGGCGUUCGUGACGCUGCUGAAGCGGGUGGAGGAUGAGUUCGGCUUCGACCACCGCUGCGGCGGCCUCACCAUCCCCUGCGCCUCCGAGGGCGACUUCGCCGACAUCAUCGGCGGCGUGGACCGGCGUCACUGACGACGACGAUCGCCGGCUUGUAGAGCAGUUUUGUUUUUUUUUCUUUUCCGUUGAGGAUCAUUGAUUCUUCCUUGGAUAAGCAAGACUAUUGUACUAGAGAUUGGGUCUGCGGUCUGCUUCGACCAUGUAAAGAUCAUGCUAGCCACGCCCAUGGUGGUGUUUGUCUACUCUGGAGUCUGGAAUGGAAGUAACUGAUGACUCGAUUUCAGUC